GUUUCAAAGGGAGCUGAAUUUUGUAGGUUUCUUUUUUGAGAAAAUGGGUGUUGUUACUGUUGCUGAACUGAAAACAAGUAUAUCUGGGAAGAGAUCUUUUCGUCCGAGUUCGAGUAUAAGGCACGCCACUGAAUGGCCUAUUUCUGAUGUUUCUAGUGAUCUCAAGAUUGAGAUUGGAGCAUCAAGCUUUGCACUUCACAAGUUUCCUCUAGUUUCUUGGAGUGGAAGGAUCAGGAAGCUUGUGGUUGACGCAAAGGAUGCAAAGGUUUCGUGCAUAAAUCUCUCUUCUGUUCCAGGUGGACCGGAGGCAUUUGAACUAGUGGCAAAGUUCUGCUAUGGAAUAGAUGUUGAGAUUACAUUAUCAAACGUUGCUGUGUUAAGAUGUGUAUCACAUUACCUGGAAAUGGGAGAAGAGUUUGCUGAGAAGAACCUUGAAGCUCGUACCGAGGCUUAUUUAAAGGAUGUUGUGCUCCCGAACAUAUCGAGCACCAUAGCUGUUCUUCAUCGUUGCGAAAACCUCUUGCCUAUAUCAGAAGAGAUCAACCUGGUUAACCAGCUUAUCAAUGCGAUCGUGAAUAAUGCAUGCAAAGAACAGCUCACUUCUGGCUUAUUGAAACUUGAUCACAACUUUCCAUCGAAAGCUAUGCCAAACACGGAAAUGGAAACGCCAUCCGACUGGUGGGGAAAGUCUCUGGCGGUCCUUAAUCUUGAUUUUUUCCAGCGAGUUCUGUUGGCCUUAAAGUCGAAAGGUCUAAGACAGGAUAUGAUCUGCAAAAUUUUGAUAAAUUAUACUCAUAAUUCUCUUCAAAGCCUGGUUGUCAGGGACCAUCAUUUGGUAAAAGGAAGCCUAUUGGAAAUGGAGUUGCAAAAGAAACAAAGGAUACUUGUUGAAGCCAUAGUUAGCUUACUGCCUAUUCAAUCGAGGAAGAGUCCGGUCCCCAUGGCAUUUCUCUCGAGUUUACUAAAAUCUGCAAUAGCAUCGUCAGUAUCCACUUCUUGCAGACUGGAUUUGGAGAGGCGGACUGGUCUACAACUGGACCAGGCAAUUCUUGAAGAUAUACUACUACCAGCGAAUUCACAUGGAAACAAUCAUGCAGCCAUGUAUGAUACAGAGUCGGUCCUGAGGAUUUUCCACAUCUUUUUGAAUUUGGGCGAUGAAGAUGAUGAUGAAGAUAAUUCUUUGAGAGAUGAAAGUGAAAUUGCAUACGAUUUCGAUGACCUGGGAUCUCCCAAACAAAGUUCAAUCCUUAAAGUUACCAAGUUACUGGACUCUUACCUUGCUGAAGUUGCACUAGAUACAAACUUGUCGCUGUCGAAAUUCAUAGCAUUAGCAGAACUACUUCCGGACCAUGCUCGCAUCGUUAGCGAUGGACUAUAUAGGGCUGUUGAUAUCUUCCUCAAAGUUCACCAUAACAUAAAAGAUUCCGAACGCUACCGACUGUGCAAAACUAUAGACUGCCAAAAACUAUCCCAAGAAGCCUGUAGCCAUGCAGCCCAGAACGAAAGGUUACCGGUGCAAAUGUCUGUCCAAGUGCUAUAUUUCGAGCAAACCAGGCUUCGGAACGCGAUGAGCGGAGGCCCCAAUCAGUUCUUUUUUGGUGCAAUCAAUGGUCAGUUCCCUCAACGAUCAGGCAGCGGUGCAGGUAGUGGAGCCAUCUCGCCCAGAGAAAACUAUGCAUCAGUAAGAAGAGAGAACCGAGAGCUGAAACUCGAAGUUGCACGGAUGAGAAUGAGGCUAACCGAUUUAGAAAAAGAUCAUGUGUCCAUGAAACAAGAGUUGGUAAGGUCCCAUGCUGCUAACAAGUUAUUCAAAUCCUUCACCAAGAAAUUAAGCAAGCUCAACUCCUUAUUCAGGAUCAAAAACCUUAAGCCCUUAAGGGGUAAAGCGAAUUCGGAAUCUCGAUUCUUUUUUCAAAGGCGUUGGUGUCACUCGGUAUCAUGACAAUUGUAAAGGUGUGUAUAACUGAAAGAGUGAAUAUAAAUUAUGUGUAGUGUGAAAUUUGUGGUCUAACGACAGAGUUGAGAUAGUAGAAUUUUCCCUUUUUUAUUUUUCAUUUUUGUUAAGUGUUGGAUUAUGGGGUUGCUUGCUUAAGAUAGUGGCAUUUGUGACUGAGAACGUCUGUAUGAAUGAAGAAAAUCUCAGACAACCAAGUAGCAU